AAAAAAACUUAUAUCCAUAUUUGUCUUGUUUAUUUGUCAUAAUAAUAUUGUUUUCUAAUCUAAAUUAGUGAUUAACUUCUCUGUUUUACAGUACUUGUAUUGUAAUUAAUUAAUUAUAAUAGGUAGUUAUAAAAUUUUAUUAUGUCUAAUUUAACUAUAGACGGUAAAAUAUGUAUAGAACGUGAAUUAUCAAUUAUAGAAGCGAACAAUGAUUUUGAAAAUAUCGUGACACGUUUUUACAUUGAAGAAACAUGCAAAUGGAUCAUAGAUAAUCAUUAUACGAAGGUCUGCCUUCAGUUCCCAGAUGAUUUAUUGGGUGUGAGCGUAGUCAUUUAUGAGGAGAUAAAAAAAAGAGUAGAUGCUGAUAUAUAUAUUUUAGGGGACACUUCAUAUGCAAGCUGUUGUGUGGACACAGUAGCAGCAUCACAUGUUCAGGGCGAUGCGGUGGUACAUUAUGGCCACACUUGCUUCUCAAAAAGCAAUCUUCCUGUCUUUAUUGUUCUUCCACAACGAGACCUUAAUGUUGAGGCGACUAUAAACAAUUUACACAAUAACUUCAAUUCUGAUGAGAACAUUAGUUUAUGCCUUUUUUAUGAUACAGAGUUUGAACAUUGUAAAGAUGAAUUAUCAAAAUACUGGUACCAAAAGUAUCCUAAAAGUUAUAUUGCUUAUGUGGAACAAAAUGAGGCACCACGAAGAUUUCUAGGAAGAGUAGUUAAAGAUGUAGAGGGGGAAAUUUACCCUAUUGAAACAUUAAAAAAUUGUAUAUGCAUCCACAUUGGAUCUAGGGGACAAACUCUCUUUAAUUACACGAUUUCUGUUGCAGCUAAAGAAUGGUAUUCAUUGGAUCCAGAUUCAGGUAAAGUUGAGCACAAGGAUGAAACAUCCUGGUUUAAGCGAAGACGUUUUCUUGUGGAGAAAUGUAAAGAUGCCAAUGUAAUUGGUAUCCUGGUGUGCAAAUUGGCUGGAAAUCAAACUAAGGACAUAAUCAGUAGGAUGAAACAGCUCUGCCGUGUGAAUGGCAAGAAAAGUUACAUUGUGUCAGUAGGCAAACCCAAUGUUGCCAAACUGGCAAAUUUUCCAGAGAUUGAUAUUUACGUGAUGAUUGCAUGUCCAGAAAAUGACCUGUACAGUAGUAGAGAUUUUUACAAACCAAUUGUGUACCCAUUUGAGUUGGAAGUUGCUCUAAACUCAAACAGAGAGCCUUAUUUCGCUAAUCAUGUCACAGACUAUGAUGAACUAUUGCCAGGUAACAGACAUUAUUGUGAAAUCAACAAGGUUGAAGAGGGAACUGAUGUUAGUCUAAUCACAGGAAAAAUAAGAGAGACAAAAGUAGGUGUUCACAAUGAUACAAGUACAGAAUUAUCUGAAAAACAAAACUGGGCAUUAGAAAACAUAGGACAAAAUUUACAAGAAAGAACAUGGAGAGGUCUAGAACAGAAAUUGGGUGAAACCGAAGUGAAAAAGGCUGAAGAGGGACGGGAAGGAAUACCAUUACAAUACAGCAAUGAACCAGUGAAACAAAAUGUGAAAAUGUAAUUCAUUUACUUUUUUAUUAUUUGCUAGUACAAAAUCUUGUCCAGCUUUAAAGACUUUGAAUUGUACAGCAAUAAAUAUUGUAAAAUAUAA